UAGCUAGAAAUUAAAAAGCGAUCAUUUUCCAUGGCACAAAAAGUUGUUUUGUUGGACCUAAUGGCAAGCCCAUUUGGUGCUUUGGUGAGGAUUGGCUUCGCAGAGAAAGGUGUGGAAUAUGAACGAAUGGAAGAAGAUCUAAGUAACAAAAGUACAUUGUUAUUGGAGAUGAAUCCGAUCCACCAAAAAAUUCCGGUUCUUAUCCACAACGGAAAACCUAUCUGCGAGUCUUCCGUUAUUCUAGAGUACAUAGAUGAGGUAUGGUCCGGAAAUUCUCAUUUAUUCCCAUCCGACCCUUAUGAACGAGCCCACACUAGGUUUUGGAUUGAUUACAUCGGCCAAAACAUAUAUAAUAAAGCGAGUGCAUUUGCAUAUAAGACUACUUCGGUAGAAAUGCAAGAAGCGGCAAAAAAAGAGUUGGUGAAGUGCUAUAAGGUGUUGGAAGAGGAGCUCGGGAACAAACCCUACUUUGGCAGAGAAAGCUUCAAUGCAAUAGACAUCACGCUAAUUCCUUUCUACACAUGGUUCCAUUCAUUAGAAAAGUUGGGGCUAAAGAUAAGGGAAGAGUGCCCUAAGAUUGUAGAAUGGUCCGAGAGGUGCAUGAAACGAGAGACUGUUUCCAAGUCUCUUCUUAGCCCUGAAAGCACCUAUGAGGUCGUGCUCUACUUAAGGAAUGAAUUAUUGUCGGGAAAUUAAGUAUAAGUUGUUAUUGUUGUUGAACUUUGAAGUUGUUUAGUUUCAGUUGAUUAUAUUUACAUUUGUGAUAUGUG